AGCUAAAAUAACCACUUCCUAAACCUCCUCCUCCUCCUUCUUCUUCUUCUUCUUCUCCAAUGGGUUCUAUUCCUCAUCAUUUCUACUCCGACUAUCCUUUCGAGCUCUCCGGCUUCUCGGGGUUGGCUUCGGCGGCCGGGGGUCCGGUUGUCCCCGAAACCAACUCUAAUGGUGGUGGUGCAAUGUGGGGUGAUCAAGACAGCUUGAUUCCCAUGAUCGAUAAUGGUGUGCUUGAUGAUCUUUCCCCCGAAUCGUCGGAUAUGGCUGCCGCCGUGCCUUCUUCGAUGAUGGCGGUUUCUUCGUUCCCGGAGCAACUCGGGGUUUUGGAUGGGGUUGUUCCGGCCUCAUUUUCCGAUCAUUACAGCAUGAGUGGUUUGCAUGGGAUUUCAGGGAUGCAGAAUUUUGGUGUGGGAUAUCAACAAGAUGCUUGUGAGUUUGGGGAGGAAUGCUGUGGAUUGUUCAUGCCGGAAUAUAAGCCUGUUGGUCUUGUUGCUAGAGAGAAUUGGGGAAUUCAAAGUAAUCAAAUUCAUUCACUUGAAGAAUCCAACAUAAAGGUUGGCCGGUACUCCGAAGAAGAAAGGAAAGAGAGAAUUCUUAGAUAUUUGAAGAAAAGAAACCAAAGGAACUUCAACAAAACCAUUAAGUAUGCUUGUCGGAAAACCCUAGCAGACAGAAGAGUUCGAGUUAGAGGGAGAUUUGCAAGAAACAAUGAACUUUGUGAUCAAGAAAUGGUAGCCAAGAAGAAUGAAAGUCCUACUAGAAAAGACAGAGAAUUAUGCUGUGGGGAUGCUGUUCAGAUGAAGUAUGAUGAGGACCAGGACUGGCUGCAAGAAGCAAUGGCAAAUUUAUUGUGUUUACCUUACGUUGCUGGGUAAAAAUUAAUGGUGGAGCUCAUUAAUUAAUUGAUCAGAUUUUUGAUUAAAAGAUCUAAUUCCACAACUAGUGUAGGCAGUUACUGAGGGUGGCCAAUGUACGUUAAUUGACGAAUUAGCUUUUAUUUAAUGUACGUUUGUAUUUUACAUAAAUAUUAUUGAUUUGUCUCCUUUCAUUAGAUUGCAAAUAUA